CCGAAAUCCACGUGCUUUCCUUGAGCAUGAAGAUUUUUCUCAUUCAAGGCGUUCUCGCCGAAAGGUAUAAUACUUGUUAUACAGAACUGCGGAAUAGAAUAAAUAGUCGCUCUAAAAAAGGUCAAGUAUGCAGCUAUUCUAAUCACCUCGCCUCCAGACCCGUCGGAUACAGCAUGCGAGAGAGCCUGAAGUUGAUUCUUCAACAUGCAGUAACGAACACAACGUCACACGCUGACGCCGGCGCUCCGGCCGUCUUCGUGGGAGGAAGGCGGCGGAACCGGAAGAAGCGGAAACCUAGAAAUGGCCAGGGAAAAAAGAAGUCGAAGGUCACAGCCGACUAUAAGACUGACCCUCAAUUCGUGGUAACAUCCUUUAUGCCCGACUUCGAGUACAUCAAAGAUGUUGCCCCAAAGCGAAAGUACCCUCUCGUGACAUGUGUAGAUCUUGAAGAUCCUGUGUUCGUUUAUGACGUCACUUCCGGCCGGAAACAUGGCGACAAGGAAUCGGACAAGGAUUCGCUGUACAACAGCAGUGAAAACUUGUCAGCGGUCAAGGCCAGGCUGGACAGUGGUUGUGAAGUGGACAUGCCAUCAGACAACGACUCCAUUGACAACCCGAUUGUCGACAGAAUAAAGAAAGGUGAGCUAUCACGAACGCACAGUCGCGAUUCUGGUAUGUUCGAUGACGUCAUUGACGACACUUCCUAUGACGUCACCACUGCAAAUGGUCAAGUGAAUGACAACGACCAUGAUGACAUCAUUGACGACGAUGCAUCUGAUGACGUCAGCACAGAUGACGUUGCUGCUGCAGAUGAAUCGGAAACAGACGAAGGGUUAAUCUCCUGCUCUGAUACGAUCAGUCAAGCAGAAAGCGUCCAAAACGUGUCUUAUGUCGAAAAUUGCAACGUUGAUGAUGUCAACGAUAAUGUGACGUCACUGGAAAAGGAAGAGCGGGCUAUUCUUGAUGAAUUCGAAGAACAGUUUGAGGAAAUCGAUCUAAAUGAAGAGAAACAAGAUAUUAUCGAAAUCGGCGAUGGAUAUCUCCCACUCUCUGAAGAGCUUGCCCAAGCAGAAGUUUCCGGCCUCAAAACCGACGACCCUGUUGCUAGGGACGCCGAAAUGGUAUCCAUGGAAACGGAGUCGGGUGUGGCCCCAAGUCAAGAAGGGGAUGUGGCUCGGAAAGGUGAAGAUGACAUUGGACAACUUUCAGGGCCAGAUCGAUUUCUCAAAUUGGAGGAGGAAGAGGACGACAUUAUUUUUGACCUUUCUCAACUGGAACUCAAUAACUGUGAGGGCGAACUUUCGGCCAUCAAAGAUUUACAAAGGCAAACAACAGCAGGCUCUUUUUUAUAUCCGACGGUUCUGGAGAGCGAUGGACCCAUACAGAUCCCCAUGGACUUGCUGAUCGACGACGACAAGGAGGACGAGGUGCUGUUUGAUGCCAGCGCCCGUCGGGACUUGAAUAUCACGUGCAAUCCGCUUUACGAACAGACUCUGAAGGAGGAAGAAAAUGACAAAUUUUCGCUGAAAAGUUUUCAGAGCGGAUUCCAGACGAAUUUCGACAACGUCAACUUUAUUCAGAUCCCGACGACGUCGGCAUCAAAACCGUCGAAGGAAUCUUCCCCGCUUAUAAAGAACCGCUCGUCGGAAAGUGCUGACGAAGUUGCAUGUUGCGUUAUUCUUUAAGACGGAACAAAGUUCAAAAUAACAAAGUGUAAUUGCUUGCAAAGUUAUUGUCAAUCACGAAUGAAUAACAAAUAUCAAACUGAUAUAAGGAUAAAUAAUUUACCAAACAAAGCUUUAAAAAAUCGUCAAUCGUGUAUACCUAAAAAUACGUUUUGAUAAUUGUAAAUACGCUUUUGUUGUGGACAUAGUUAGUAUCAUUACUUCUUAGCAAAUAAAAGAAAACAAAACGAAAACUAACACUACAAUUAUUUUGUGACUUUAUGGUAGCAUUUCAGGAGAUGUCUAGCUACUGAUGUUAUAUGUAUGCUAAUGAGUUAAUAAUUCAAAAUCCCCUUACUUAUUCGGUAUGUUAAAACAUCUCAUCUCUCAAACAUUAUAUUUUGUGUUUUAAUUAUUUAAAAUAUGUAAAUUAAGAAUAACAUGUUUAAAGUGCCAUACAAACUUAUAUUGUACGAGUUAUGUGUUUAAAAGUCAUGGAAAAAUGAAGCGGUUCUUCAAAGCUUUGAUACGAUUUGAUCUGCGCCUUAAUACCCGUUAAUGUAUUUUGAUGCCUUUUAAGUUUGCAUUUAAAAAAAACAAACAAAAAUAAUAAAAUGAGACAAAUACACAAAAACAGUUUAAUUCAUCGUCUUUUCAUUUCAUGAUUUAUGAAUCAUGCUUUAUAGUUAUUUAUUUUAGCAUUCAAAUACCGAAAAAUAAUUUGUAAGGAGUGGACAUGAAUUAUGCAUUUUCUUCUCUCUUAUAGUUGGGUUCCGUUUAUUUUUCAUUUCAUUGUUAGAAAUUACAAUGCACUACCUUUCAUUAUAUAUGUAAACAUUGAUCUAAAUAUUUUGAUUGCCUUUAACGUUUUAUCAUCAUGCUACUUUUUGUGUUACCAAAGUAGACGAAUACUUAACAACAAGAGUUCAAUUAAAAUCUAUUACAUGAAAAAUCUUUGUAAAAGGGCGAUAUUUCCCCCACAUAACAGCCCCAAUAUCAGAUUAAAUGAGUCUGAAAUUAUGUGGAGAAAAUAUAGCCCUGCCCCUAGGUGAUACUCAUGGUGCAAUAUUAAAUCCUUCAAAAUGAAGAGUAAUGGCUCUUCCGGAUAAGCAAUGAGUAUUGUAGAAAUCGGGAUGCUGAGAAUAAUAAAUAACGAAUAUUGUUAAUGAUAGAUUGCAUACAUAGUUAAUGCUUGCCAUGUUCAAACAAUACAUGUAAAAAUUAUCUGUAAAUGUAUUGCUGAAUUCUAAAAUGUGUCGCCCCCAUGAUAUUUUUUUUUGCUUUGCAAUAAAAAAAAGAAAUAG